AUGGGGAGUGCCCCUGAGGAGCAGCUCGAGGCUGAAGGCCAAGGAAUAAGCAAUGACGCUACACAACAUAAGCAGCAUGAGUAUAGGGUUGGUUUGGAAGAGAAGUUGGCCUGGAAAUCGCACCUGGACCAGCGCCAUGGCUGUGGGAAUGGUGAAGCCAAAAAUGCGAUGGUGGUUGGUUUGUUGUGCUGGAAAGUAGUUGAUCAACAACUGCUGAUGAUUCACGAACUGAAAAUUAAUCAUACUCACAUAAGAAAAAUGAUUCAUUGCCAUGUUUGGCUCCUCCCAACUGUGUUGGAGUCGAGCAGAGAAAUUUAUCUUGGAAUCCGUGUGGGGAGAUGCCAAGCGCAGAGAGCGCUAUUUAACAUUACAUUAACGUCCUGGUUGUUGAGCCCAUGGUUACGAUGUUAA